AUGGAUGAACUGGAUUAUGUUGUUGCGAACCGUUGGAUUGGGUAUGCAAUCGAAAGCAAUGUAAAAGAGUUGAAUCUUGGCUUAAAAUCCUGUGCCUAUAGCUCUCAAAAGAAGCCUGAAGAGUAUCAGGUGCCUGAGAGUAUUCUAAGAGCAAAAUCAAUAAUUUUGUUGAAGUUGUCUGCGAGUAACUUGAAGUCGAAGUCAUCUUACAAUGAUAUUAAUUUAUCUUCUUUGAGAAAGUUGAUUCUGUCACGAGUUGAUAUGGAUGACCAGAUUUUCUCAAGUCUAAUUUAUGGUUGUCCGGUUUUGGAAGAGAUAGAAAUUGCACAAUGUUACGGGUUGAAAAAUAUACAUUUGCCAGCAUGUCUUCCUAAACUCACGGCCAUUGCGCUGCUCUAUGAUUGUAAUGGACUUGAGAGCUUUGAGGUGGAAGCACCAAAUCUAAAGACGCUAGUUUUAAAUUCACCCAUUGUGACAGACAAAUGGUUGCAUAGUAUCCUUUCUAAACAUCCACUCAUUGAGAGCUUGGCCCUUAAGUCUUGCGAUAUGUUGGAAAGGAUUAAAAUUUCAAGUGAUCGCAUGAAGAGUUUGAUCAUUUGUCAAUGCAGUUAUUUGGUUGAAGUUAACAUUGUUACUCCUAACUUAUAUAGACUCGGCUAUAGUGGUGAUGUUAUACCCUUUUCUCCCAACGAUUUUACUCUAUUGGAAGUUAGUCUCCAUUUUUCGAGAAAGACUUCCCUGGAUGUUGAAACAAUUGAAUUCCUUGCAAAGUUAGGUCAUCCGAAAUUGAGUAUGAGUUGCAGUGGUUGUGGCAAGAGUUUGAUUGCUCCAAAGGAAUUGAGAGAAACACUGCCAUCCCCUUUAUAUAAUGUCAAGCACUUGAAGUUAAAGGUAUGGUAUCAUGUGUAUGACCGUAUGAGAGAUGAGAUCAUCGAACUUGUAGAUUCCUUGUUAUGGAUUUCUCCUCUUCUAGAGAUUCUUCUUAUAGAAUGGGAGACAGGUGACAAUAUAUCUUUCAAGUUCUCAUAUGAAACUCCUGUUUACAAAUCGAAAAACCCAGGUUGUUGCAAAUUUCUUCCAAUUUUGUGUUGGCGGCAUUGCUUAAAGACUAUCAAGAUUGAUGAGUCUGGAAGAUCUGCAGAUGUCAAAGCUCUAAAGAAAUAUUUUCAUAAGAAUGCAGAAAUAUUAGAGAGCAUCCUAUAA